GACCAAUUUUUGGAAUGCCUACGGCGCUCCCAUCCCGAACGACGUAUUGUCCUGCGCCCAGAUGGGUUGGGCCGAGAAUCUCAAUUUCCAAGAGACCGUCCCUUGACGACAUCAGGACGUCGGAAAUGGCCUGAUAUGCAGCAGUGGGAUCUCCAGAUCUUAGAGACGCUUUCGUCCCGCUAUCCAAGGCACGAGACAUGCUUUGAUGUGGCGAGUGCUAGGUAUUCGUCGGGGGUGGUGGUGAGUUGUUGAUUCCCGAAGAAGGGGCUUCGGAGAUAUGCAGGGUAACCCUAACCCUUACUUGAGACUGGCGACUGGCGACUGGCAAGCCCACGUCGGCGGGUGGAGUGAGCUGGCAGUUCCGUCAUCGCUAGGUAUGGGAUUUCUUGGGAAUGUGGGAUGCAGGCUGGCCACCCAACAAACACAUGUGUUGUUGACAGCAUCGUGAGCCAGACUUGCCGCUGAGAUAUUCCUGUCUGUUAGCGUGGUCAAGAUGCCAUCUCUCCUAGUGGUAGUAUUUGCCAUCGAGCUGGUCGUCAAAAUCAUCAACACAGUCGGCGCAACAACCAUUAACAAUCUGCUAUGGCGCUUCUAUCUGUCUCUUCCAACUCCUCUCUCCAGAGAAUUUGCAGACCAGCGCAGGAAACAAAAGGAAUACCUCUCUGUCCGACAGGAGCUCAAUGCGACGAGCAGCCAGGACCAAUUUGCAAAGUGGGCAAAGCUGCGGCGGCAACAUGACAAACUGCUGGAGGGGCUGGAAAAGAAGAAAACCGGGCUCGAGGCUUCACGGGCGAGCUUCGACCGAUACCUCACAAUAAUCCGCCUGAUGUCGACGCGCGGCAUGCAAUGGCUCCUCCCCAUGUGGUACGGACGGGAGCCCAUGUUUUGGCUCCCUUACGGAUGGUUUCCCUACUACGUCGAGUGGUUCGCGUCCUUCCCGCGUGCGCCGCUGGGCAGCGUCAGCAUCACAGUAUGGCAGCUGGCUUGUACGGGCAUGCUAGCGCUCGUGAUGGAUACGGUGGUGGCUAUAAUGGGGCUCGCCGCGGCAGGCAGACAAUCGCAAAAGCAAAAGCAGAAGCAGCCCAUGCCUGCGGCAGCAGGCGGAGCUGGCGAUGGAGAGGGCAAGAAGGAUUUGUGAUAGACCAAGCUGCAAGGUAGAGUCGGUCGGGGGUCAAUAAAUGUCUCUCAUCCAUUUGACGCAAUUGUUCUUCAUGGCCGGAGCUGGAACUCUGCAACACGACGUGAGAUGACUCUUGGCAGAGUGCUUGGGCUCGCUCUAGGCAACACAUUGACUUUGAGCAACCAUUGAUAGGGCUGCCAAAGCUUCGAUAGUGCCAACCGCAUGUCACUGCUUCAACCUAGGAGACGGAAAACUGGACGUAUCGACGUUGUAUAUUGAGAUAACCGAUGAGCAUGAUAA